UUAAGGUCGAUGAAAAAGGAUCUAUGAAUCAAUUUCAGUUUUGUUGUUCCACGUGAAGAUGUACCUGUCAAAUCAGCGUGACACAGGGGGAAUUGGCAUUGAUUAAUAUAUCUUAUCUGAUAACGAGAUAGGUAUCGAUGCUUAUCGAAUUUGCGAGUACUUGGGGCUCGUCAGGAACAGGUCAUUUCGCACUUUGAAAGGAAUGGGCAGUCUUGAAGACGUGGGCAUCCGAUCAGAGGCCUCUGAGGGCUCAUCGAUAUGGAGUGAGAGUCGAGUGGAUCAGAAAUUCUCGACAUCCAGAAGUGCCUCAACUCAGAGAUACCACUCAAAACACACGAGACAUCUCCCCUCAAGGACGAUAGCUGUCCUGGGGAAGUCCAGCAACAGUCACCUGAGGGUGGUGAACCCACGUAAUUUAUCUCCAUCUCCCGUUGGCAGUGCAUCUCAGAUUGAGGACAAUGCUGAGACGAUUGCCAACCACCUGGAGAUGCAAGAUGACCUCAUGCAGAACGAUCCCCUCUCGGAGAUGAGGCGGUUGGAGGCCCUCAGGGAUAUGCCCCAGUGUCUCACUGUCAAGAGGUCCAUCAGAGCCAAAUUAACGAGAUCAGUUGAACUCAAGGGGGACAGAAGAGUCCUCACCAGGUGGAAGAGACUCAAGUACGCGAUGAGUAUUUUUUUCAUGAAGACAUUUAUUGCCAUGAGAGAAAUUACUUCUACUAUGGAGCUUUGGUAUGGCCCAAUUAAAUCAAUUGAGGGUCAUUUUGGUAGUGGAGUUGCUACGUAUUUCAAGUUCCUCCGUUGGUUGCUCAUUCUCAACGUCAUUAAUUGCAUCUUAAGUUUUUUUUUCGUCGUUCUUCCCCAAUCGUUGUUCGCCACACACGGAAAUUCAACGUACAACUUCUGGGAUAUUUUCAUAGGAAACGGAUUUAUGGAUGAGACAAUUUUUUAUUACGGUUUUUACACAAAUCUUACGAUCGAAGCAAUACCUGGACUCCAGUACAGCAUACCAUCUGCUUACAUUUUAACGAUGAUCUUCUGUUAUAUCUUCACGUUCAUCUUUCUCUCUGUUAAAGUUGCAAAAUCCUACAGGAAAUGUUUCAUCGAAACCUCGGGUGGAAUUCAUAAUUUGUACGCAACAAAAAUAUUCUGCGGAUGGGAUUACAGCAUCGCCUCGGCGAAGGCAGCAAAUCGCUGUCACCAGUCGAUUUACAGGGAAUUGAAGGAGCUCCUUGCAGAGGACAUAAGUCAAGAGAGCUCCACUAUUUUCAAAAGACUCAUUGUAUUAUCUGUUCAAGUCUUCAUGACCGCUCUUGUCCUGGGGGCCCUGGCAGGGACCAGCUGGCUUCUCCAAUAUCUCCUCCUACAUCACAAAUCUAAUACCACUGAUUCUCCAUCUCUUCUUCUGGUGCCUCUCGUGAUCACUGGAAUAAUGAAUAUCUUUCCGGUUAUCAUUUCGAUGCUGGUGAAAUUCGAGCGUUACAGCUCAAAACGAAAAUGUCUUUUCGUGAAUAUGAUAAGAACGUAUGCGAUGACAGUAGUGAUAAUAGGAACACUGCUGGCGUAUUGGCUGACACGAAGCCUGAACUCGUGCUGGCAGACGGAAUUGGCCCAGGAGAUCUAUCGUCUCAUAAUCCUCGACUUCCUGGUGUUCACUCUUGGGAGUUUUAUCCUGGAGUCCCUGAGACACCAUCUCUCGCCCUUCUACAGUGUCCUGUCAACUCCGAAAUUCGAUAUUGCCCUCAACACACUCAAUCUCAUCUACAAUCAGAUCCUUUUCUGGGUUGCCUUCUAUUUCAGUCCACCUCUGUCGCUGGUGAUGGUUGUGAAGAUGACGAUGACGUUUUAUAUAAAGAAAUUUGGUCUGAUGAGGCACUGUGAGCCACCCUCCACCUCCUGGAGAGCUGCACAGACUCAGACUUUGUUCCUGGCGCUCGCAUUCCUGGGGAUGACUGGUGCUCUUACCGCUCUGGGAUGGGUUAUCACCAGUGUUAAGAGCAGCAGCUGUGGGCCGUUCAGGGAUUACGAUUACACCUGGCAUGCUAUUAUCGAGGAGGUCCUCUCGCUGGGGAGGAGCAGUAAAUUGUGGAUCUUCGUCGAGAGCAUUGGAAGACCUGGGGUGGGGGCUGCUUUACUAAUCGCCAUGAUCAUGACGGUGUAUUGUUUGCGGGCUAAGGCUCAAGCUAGUAGGGAAUUAGUGCAAAUACUCAGGGAAAUGCUCGUGUUACAGUCAAGAGAUAAAGACUUUUUGCUCAAUGAAUUUUCGAAGGUAGCAGAUGAAGAGUGGCUGAAGAGGAGAGCAGCCAAUGAAAAUCGUCGCAGUGUUAUGAGCCCACGAAAAUCCGUCUGUCAUAAUCAGAAGGAUGCGUCAUCGCCGAGCUGUUCCAAAAACUACGUGAGGUUUGAUGACGAAUAUUGAAGACGUGAUGAUUAUUUUUAAUGGUCUAUUUUUUAACUGUGCGCUCAAUUUUUUUAAUAUGAGUCUUCCAAUUAUAUAUGCCAAAGGAUUUGUAUUCAUAUAAAAGCCAAACGGUUUGUCGUUGAGACGAAAUAAAGUUGUUUUUAUCGAAAUGAAAAUGUA